AUGAAUCCAUCACUUAUUUCUGUUGAUCAUCACCCAAUAUCAAUAAGUAGUAAUGAUAGUAUACAUGAUAAUGAUCAGAUAAAAAGAACAGUAACUUCUAGUAGUAUAUUAGAUGAUACGACAAAAGUAAAUGUACGUCAAUGUUCAUCAACCCAAAUGUUACUUGUAUAUGCACAGCAAGAUUUAGAAACAUCAACACAUUCAGAUAAUAUUCUUUAUAAUAUUUUAAAUGUACUUGAACUUCAUUUUAAUACAUAUGCUGAUGAUAAACAACUGAUAUAUUUCGAAGGGAUCUUUCAAAUUUUAUAUGAUUUUAAAGAACCAAUUACUGAAUUAGCAUUGAUUGAAACAAUGCAAUUACUACAAGUUGAUCUACUUGCUCCAUGUACUUUUGAAAAUUUUAUUCUUAUUCUAUGUCAUUUACCACCUAUAAAACAAGAUAAUCAUCGAUUUUUUAAUGUAUUUAAUGAACUUGAUCAUAAUAAAGAUUCUUAUAUAACUUACGAAGAUAUUCAAUAUGUAUUACCUCAUCUUACAUCUCAUUUUGAUGAAGAAAUUAUUCGUGCAACAAUUCAUCUAAUAGAUACUGAUCAUGAUAAUGAUCAUUUAUCUUAUUUUGAUUUUGUUACAAGUCUUAUAGCAUUACAGGAAUGUAAACUAACAACAAUGAAUAGAAAAAAAAAAUCAAUGGUUUCAUCAUGA